AUGCAUCCGGCGGUGGUCAUCUUUGUGUCCGUGGUGGUGGUGCAAUGCAUCAGCGCGCUCGGAAAGGAGCGUCUCCAAGAAGCCCGCGCGCUGCGCAAGGAGAUCUACAGCACCAAGCAGGAGCUCGCCGCCACGUCGUCGCAGGACCAGUUCGCCAAGUGGGCCAAGCUGCGGCGUCGGGUGGACAAGGGGCUUGCGGAUCUGGAGCGCACCAAUGCCGACGUAGCGCGCGCCAAGUCUACGUUUGGAAUGCUCUUCAAGGCGGUCAUGUUUGUCAUCACUACGGUGGUGCCGUUCUGCGUGACGAGCUGGUACAGCAAGACGCCGAUCUUCUGGCUGCCACCGACCAAGCACAGCUGGUUCGGUCCCGUCGGGUGGUUCCUGGCUCUACCGCGUGCGCCCAAGGGUGCGAUCAGCAGCACCGUAUGGCAGAUGGUGUGCUCGAGAACCAUCAUCGCCCUCGCCUCGGCGCUCACCAACCUCGUCCCCGGCAAGAAGGAGGAGGUGCUGGUCGAGAAGCCAGAAUCCCAACCGGCGCAAAGUCACGAAAAGACACAGGCAAAGACGUCGGCAACCCAGGCUGGCGCUCAGUCGGACACAAGGAAACGCACCAAUGCCCAAUCUGCGAGCGAGAAGACCGAGCUCUAA